AUGUCAUCGGCGGCCAAACAUCAGGACUGGUUUAUGAUGACCGGAGACCUCAUCAUAAACCUGACGAACACCAAGUCUGGAGACAUGUCGUACCACAAGAGGAAUAUGCGGCUCAAGUCGACCCCCAAUCUGAUCCACUCGUCGCGGCUCCAGAAGCAGUGCAACUCAGAGCCCAACUCGCCGUCAGACGCCGACCAGUGGUGUCCACUGAACGGUGAUAAUAGUGGCCAUCGUUUGGACGAGAAGGCGCUAAACCAUCGGAACAAUGGCUUUGAGCACAAAGAGACACAAACCCAGCAUUUGCAAUCGGACGACUCGUCCGAUCACAAGGACUCCACCAAUUCGGGCGAUUGGAGUCCAGAUAAUGACCACCACUUCAUCAAUGAUGACGAGGAGGAGCUGUUAUCGCACUCCACGUCCAACAAGUCAUCGCCAGAUGACAGCCAAAGCUUAACCAUCUCUUCUGCAGCCAUUUCGCCGACGAAGACGUUGACGACAAUGAAUACAAUGAACGAACAAACGGAGUCUUCGAUGUCUGAAAACUAUUCACUCAUUAGUUCCCUUUCGUGUCAAACGAUAGAUCAAAACCGAAAGAAAUCUUCAUUUAAGAAACACAACAAUCAGUCGAUGUCUCUCUCGUCGUCUCUCAGCGACGACUCGACCACUCCUUCGACAUCACCCGAAGACCAAGUCUUGCGAAACAAUUUCGAUGACUUCAGUCCCUCUUAUAAUGAACUCAAAAGUGUCAACGAUUUGAAUGCCAUGAAUGAUGUGAUGGACACCAAGAGUAAUAAGAUUCCCAAUCGAGUGUCGGUUCCAAAGGGACCGCAACUUAUAGACAAUAGACUUAACGGUGUGUCGACGCAAACGCAACCAAUGAAUGGUUCUGACGAGGAAUCGUCUGAUACUGAGAGCCAUUACUCGCCGCCAAAAGGUGUUGACACUCCCAGUGCCGUACGACUGGCCAAACGGCUGUACCAUUUGGAGGGCUUUAAGAAGUCCGACGUUUCGCGACAUUUGAGCAAAAAUAACGAAUUCAGUCGAGUGGUGGCCGAAGAGUAUCUCAAGUACUUUGACUUCACGGACGACACACUGGACUUAGCCUUAAGAAAGUUUUUGUCACGAUUUUGUCUCAUUGGAGAGACACAGGAAAGGGAGCGCGUAUUGGUUCACUUUUCCAAACGUGUGUACGACUACAACCCUACCGGUUCCUUCAAGUCCAACGAUGCCAUACAUACCCUCACCUGUGCUCUCAUGCUUCUCAACACUGAUCUUCACGGAGAGAACGUGGGCCGCAAAAUGACAUGCAAUGAGUUCGUCCACAACUUGUCGGGAAUGAACGACGGAUACGACUUUCCCCGGGAAGUCCUCCGAUUGCUAUAUCAGGCCAUCAAAGACACGCCUCUCGAGUGGAAUUCUGACGAAAGCCAUGAAAGUCAUGACACAAUAGAUGGGAGGAAUGCCAUGGAAUUGAUGGCAGCAAACCUGAGCCAACAGAUCAGUAUUAUAGGUCACAACCCAUUUCUAGAGGUGCCGAACCCUAACUGUGCGACUGAAUACAAAAAGGCGCCGGUAGGGAAGAGGGGGUGGAAGAUGUUCUACGCGACGCUCAGAGAUCUGAUUCUAUACUUACAUAAAGACGAACAGGGAUUCAGGAAAAACCAAUUGUAUGAGAGUCUAACCCAUUCCAUACGAGUACAUCACGCCCUCGCCUCCAACGCCACCGAUUACACCAAAAAACAGUUUGUUUUCCGACUCCUCACUGCAGACCACUCCGAAUACCUCUUCCAGACCAGUGAUUCGAGAGAAUUGCAGACUUGGAUCGACACAAUCAAUACAGUGUCCGCUAGUCUUUCAUCCCCUCCUCUUCCAGAAGCUGUCAGCUCCUCCAAGAAGUUUCAAAGACCUCUGCUUCCCGUCAGUCAUACGAAAUACAAUCUGUCUCAACAACUCUUGGAUCACGAGAAACGAGUCGAGCGAUUGGAGACACAACUCGAUCAGCAUUUAUCGAAAGCUCUCCAAAGGAAAGCCUCAAAGAGACAAAUGAAUGAAUUCGCGGAAAAGGAGAGUUAUUUACAGUAUGAGCUAAAGAGAUAUCGAGUAUACGUGUCUUCACUCCAAUGGAAGUUAUCUCAACUCAAUCUCUUGAAUACUCUGAACUCAACCCCAAUACUGAGCUCAUCGGCAGCUCAACCGCUACUGUCGGUGGCGAUCGGCGAGGAAACGGGCGACGACUCGAACGACACUCCCGUCAUAACUACUGUUAAAAAGAGUUAUUCAACCGAUAGAUAUAGCUAUAAACAGGCGAUUUAUAACAAUAACAGCAAACAUAUUAAAUACUAAACUCUCACUACUAUUCGUUUCCAAACAAAAAAACUUUUUAAUCAACUCAUUGUCUCAAAAGUCCGUCCAAUUGAUUGAUCGAAAUGUUGUUUUGAUUAACUUAUUAAUCGGUGUUAACACUAAUAGCUCACAGACUCGUAACUGCUUUUAAGAAAGUAUUUGUAAAAUACAGUGAAAUAUAAGUUUAAGUCAUGUAAUCACUCGAAGACAGCUAAUGAUAACGACUUGAAAUGACACGGAAUCCACAAUUCGUAUCGAAUUUUUUAUUUGUGCAUAAAAUUCAUUUCAUAACCAAAGGCCUCAGCGAUGGUGUCGGAGGUGCCGGUGCUAUACAGUACAUCCCGACUGCGAAGAUUGACUCCAG